AUGAGCAAAAACAACGAAUUGUACAGUAAUACUCACAUAAGAAACACUGUGUAUACUGAACUUGGCAUUGGGAUCUUAGCCAACAUCAUUCUUCUUCUCUUUCACGUCUCCUUGCUCAUUACUGGACCCAGAACUAAGUCCACUGACCUGCCUAUUGGUCUCUUGGCCCUAAUCCACCUGGUAAUGCUGCUAAUUGAUGGAUUCAUAGCAGAAGAUAUUUUUACACCUCAGGAGGGAAGGUGGGGUGACAUGACCUGUAAAGCACUUAUCUACCUGUACAGGUUGAUGAGGGGCUUCUCCAUCUGCACCACCUGCCUGCUGAGUGUCCUCCAGGCCAUCACCCUCAGCCCCAGAAGCUCCUGCCUGGCAAAGUUCAAACAUAGAUCCUCACGUCAAAACCUGUGUUCCCUUCUUUUCCUGUGUGUCAUCUAUUCAUCUGUUAAUAGCCACCUCUUCAUCUCCAUUAGUGCUACCCCCAAUUUGACCUCAGACAACCAUAUGUAUGUCACAGAAUCCUGCUCUUUUGUGCCCAUGAGCUUCUUCCUUCAGCACACAUUUUCCACCUUGCUGACCUUCAGGGAAGUCACCCUUAUAGGAAUAAUGACCACCUCAAAUGGAUACAUGGUGGCUCUCUUGUGCAGGCAUAGGAGGUUGUCCCAGCACCUUCACAGAAUCAGCCUGUCUCCAAUAUCAUCCCCAGAACUGAGGGCCACACAGACAAUCCUGCUGCUCUUGAGUUGCUUUGUGGUCAUGUCCAUUUUGGACAGCAUUAUCACUUAUGCAAGAAUCACACUGAAUGAUGAUCCAAUAUUUUACUGCAUCCAGAUUCUUGUGGCCCAUAGCUAUGCCUCCUUCAGUCCUUUGGUGUUUAUUGCUACUGAAAAACGUAUAAUUAGUAUUUUGAGAUAUAUGUGGGGAAGACAGAAAGUAUUUCAGUAG